CUUGUUCAAUUUCUUAUUUGAAAGAGAAUUUUAGUCAGUGAUGGGAUAAAGGAAUGAGUAUAUUACAAUUCUCUGACUUUCCUAAGGAGGGUAUAUGAGAUUCUCUAAUAAACUUAUGUGAGAUUUUGAAACAUAACAUAACUAUCAUCUCAUUCUUUUUAGCUAGCUAAAUAUUUAGAUUUGAGAUUAUAUAAACAUGUAUAUGCUAUUUAUUUUAUAAAUCUAUAGAUUGGUUACUAGUUGUAAAUAUGAAUAGGGGUAUGUAAAAAAUUGUUUAAACUAUAAAAUCGAAUCAAACCGAUCAAAAUUUGUGAUUUGGUUGCAAAAUGAUUGGGUUUAAGUUUGAGUGAUUUUUAAAUCAAAUAAAACCUUAAAUCCUUUUUCAAAUGGUUUUGGAUAAUGUUUUUAAUAUGGGAAAACUGUAGUGUUAGUUUCUCAUUGGACUCUGUUGUUUCAUUUGUAUAUCUUUCUUCUUACAAUCUUAUAUGGCAAUACUGUUUAUAUAUAUAUAUAAUUAUGUAAAUUUGAUAUUUAAGAUCAAUAAAACAAAAAAUAUGAGACAUUUAUAACAAAAAAUUAUUAUUGUGUCAGAUUCAUUGAAUUCCUAAAUGUGUAACUUUGUAAGUUACUAAGUAAUGUAAGUUAAUAAUGGAAUUAUUAUUAAUAUUACUCUGUUAACAUUACAUAUUUUCUUGCAUACACAAGUUAGACCUUACAGAGGCGAAGAAAGGACAGUAAGAGAAGAGAGAGCAAAUAUGGCCUUCUCAGUCUGCUCCAUCAAAUCACUCCUGUUAUUACUCCUCAUGUCAGCCAUUCCCAUUGCUUACAUAAUUUCCUUGGAGCAAACCAAAUUCGCCACUCAUGUGUACCAAUACCACAGCUCUGGCUACAUGCGUGAGUGCGCCAAGUGGGAUCAAUCCCACAACCGAUUCCUCGUUUCCUUUAUAGGAGGAGGAAUUGGUCAGAUAUCAGUUCCCCAUGAUAAUAACUUGCCCCAAACUGUUCUAAAUGAAGUGACGGUGGUCAAAGAUGUUGACUUGGCCGGGAAUGCGUCGCUGGGGAUCCUCCUUGACCACCCUAGGAACCGCCUCCUUAUGGUGGUUACAGACCUUUUAUGGAAUAAGUACAGUGCACUCGCUGCUUAUGAUCUGUCAACGUGGAAACGUUUGUUUCUUACCCAACUCAGUGGCCCCAGUGAUGAGAAAUCAUUGGCAGACGACGUAGCAGUUGAUGCAGAAGGCAAUGCAUAUGUUACUGAUGCCAAAGCCAGCAAAAUUUGGAAGGUAGGAGUGAAUGGGGGGUUGCUAUCAAUCAUUAGAAGCCCAAUGUUUACUGCAAAAGAAUGGUACAAAAACAGGGUUGGACUAAAUGGAAUUGUUUACCAUCCAAAUGGGUUCUUGAUAGUAAUUCAUACAUCAAGUGGGAAUUUGUUUAAGAUCGAGAUUGGAAAUGGGAAGGGCGAGGAAAUUAAGUUGAUUAAGAUAGAGGGAGGGCCAUUGUCAUCUGGAGAUGGAAUGGAGCUGCUGUCUCCAACGAAGCUUGCAGUAGCUGGGCAUUAUCCUUCAGCAAGAUUGGUGGAGAGCUGUGAUGGGUGGGAGACGGCUUCUGUGGUGGCAAAAUUUAAUGGCCCUCUUCAUCGGUUGGCCUCAGCGGUAACAGUGAAAGACGGGCAGGUGUAUCUCAACCAUAUAUUGGGCCCCAAGAAGCAUCUCCUAGUCCAGGCUGUAUUCUAGAGCCUCAAUCUUCAUGUUAUGCUCCUUUUUGGGGUUAUUAUUUUUUGUCGUAUCGCAGGAAAAUUGAAUAGAUAAGUGGUAAAUUUUCCUUCUUAAUUCAGGUCAA